CAGUUGUGAUUUGGUUUUGUUUGGGUAUGUUGUUGUUGUUUUUGUUAUUGUGUCGAAACGUUUGUCAUAAUAAAUAAACUAUCUCUAACAGUUGGGUGUUGGGUAACUUUUUACUUGUACACUGUACCGCUUCUUUUCAUUGACGUCGUCGCCAGUCAAAUAAAAGAGAUUUGACUUUUUCCCAUCAAAACCUUUUGUAGGUUAUAAUCUCAAUGUUGACUUGGCUUGACAUGACUUGUUUCUCUUUAAUUUUAUUUUAUAUUGUGUGAGGAAGCAUAAUAUUAUUUCACAUUAUCUUUGGAUAAUAUUUUUAAACGCCAUGCAAAAGUACGAAAAGUUGGAAAAAAUUGGAGAAGGGACCUAUGGGACAGUGUUCAAGGCCAAAAAUCGUGAAACGCAUGAGAUUGUUGCUUUGAAGCGAGUUCGCCUUGAUGAUGAUGAUGAGGGUGUACCUUCAUCUGCUUUAAGAGAGAUAUGUCUGUUAAAAGAGUUGAAACACAAAAAUAUAGUUCGAUUAUAUGAUGUGCUGCACAGCGACAAAAAACUUACUCUUGUUUUUGAACAUUGCGACCAAGAUCUGAAAAAGUAUUUUGACAGCUUGAAUGGUGAAAUUGAUUUGGAUAUUGUCAAGUCUUUCAUGUAUCAACUCCUUCGUGGGCUUGCAUUUUGCCACAGCAAUAAUGUUCUUCAUCGUGAUUUAAAACCACAAAAUCUUCUCAUUAACAAGAAUGGUGAGCUGAAACUUGCUGAUUUUGGUCUGGCCCGGGCAUUUGGAAUUCCAGUAAAGUGCUACUCAGCAGAAGUUGUAACACUAUGGUAUCGACCUCCCGAUGUGCUGUUUGGUGCAAAACUUUACACUACUUCUAUUGACAUGUGGUCAGCAGGAUGCAUCUUUGCAGAAUUAGCAAAUGCUGGUCGACCUUUAUUUCCUGGGUCAGAUGUCGAUGACCAAUUGAAAAGAAUAUUUAGACUAUUAGGAACUCCCACUGAAGAGACAUGGCAGGGCAUUUCUUUAUUACCUGAUUAUAAGCCUUUCCCCAUUUACCAUCCUUCUAUGAGCUUCAGUCAAGUUGUUCCAAAACUCAACUCAAAAGGCAGAGACCUUCUUCAGCGGUUACUAGUUUGUAAUCCACUAAUGCGGUUACCAGCAGAUGAAUCAAUGGCCCAUCCAUACUUUAGUGAUUUAAGUGCUUCUGUUAGAACAGAGCGCUAGUUGAGAAUGAUCCUCUUGUGAAGCAUUGGUAUUGAUAUUUUGUAUAGAUAGUAAGAUGGAUAUAUGAGAUUUUACUGAGCCAACGCAUUUAUGUAUGGGAGUGAAUUAAGAUUAAUCCAGCAGUUCCCAAUCUUAUCCGGCUUCCAAUCCCUAAAUGGGUAAAACCAGUUUUUACAAUGCCACAUAGACCCCCUGUUCCAGUUACAGGUGCCUUUUUUGAGUAUUAUAGUGUUGUUUGUCUUUCCCCUCCUAAUAUUUUUUUCUGUGUAACUGAAAAUGCACUUUCUAGUGCCUACUUGAUUAUGCUGGUAUGGUUGUGGAUGUUCUCUAAUCAGGCACACUCCUCACACAAACACAAAAUCAGUUGAUGUGGGUAUCAAAGCAAAGAGCAAAUAUUUCUGAUGUUGUAUUCAGUGAAGCAUUCAUUUCUGCAUUUAUCUCAACAUCCCUGUAUGCUAUUUGUUUUUGCCCAAAUUUUUACUGCUGCCCUCCAAUGUUUUAAAUAGAAUUUUACUGUUAUUACUAAGUUUAACUGAAAGUAAUCACAUUUGUUAAAUUUUAAGCUUCAUUUUCUAUGAAUUUUGGUUGAUAGUAAGCCCAUCCAAUGCUGGAUCAUCAAUACUUUUUCUUUAACUUCUUAUCCUGUGUGCUAGUCAAGUUGUAAGUUACAAAAAAUUUGAGUGGAGGGAAACAGAUGUUUUUUACUGUGUGUUUCUCUUAUCCCAUCGACACAAUAAGUUAAAUGAAUUUUUAGGUAUAUUAAGCUCUGCAUUACAUGGCUCAGAAAUUCAUCUUGUGUGAUUUGGUCUGCCAAGUACUUCCAAACUGGAUGUCCGUCUAAGCUUUUUGUAAUAAUUUUAAGACCUCUCUAAAGCAUUGGAUACUGUUCAUUAGAAAGAAGACGAAGUAAUAUCUUAUGAAACUAACAAAUUUAUUUAAACAACAAUUAAGCAAGGGGAAAAUAGAAUAUUUAUAUAUCACCGUCACCACAAUGAGCACAAGAAUGUAAAAGACAAUGUCACUUAUGAUGAAAACUUGGGUCGUCUCACUUGGUUUAGAAGGUAAAUAUUCCGUGUCAGUACGCAAAUAAACGAAACCAACUUUUCAGGA